AUGGCGUCAAGUGAAGGGAACAGCACUUCAGCUAACCUUGACGACGUCGCAGAUGAACAGCGGUGUUCCAGGUGCUUCUGUGCGUACCUGGAGCCCACAGAAAUCCACGCUGUUGGCGACGACCUGUUCAGCGACACUGGCGCCAGCAGCGUCAGUGGCCGCCGUAGUCGCAGCAGUAGUGUUUGCCGGUCUACAGAGGAGCGGGGCGUCUUGUGGACACAAGUGUUCCCACUUCACAUCUCCGUCUACCUCCGCGUGAGAGACGUGGUCGAGGUUUCACAGGUCUGCCGGAUCGCGCAUUGCGCGGUGCAGCAGACGUGGGUCUGGCGGUCGCUCGCAGAGCACCACCACUCUAUCCAGCCAGCUGCGCUCGAGCGGACAUUCUCGAUGGCUGUUCGGCAAUGGGGCGAGAAGAGGCCGACCGAGAGGCCGCAGCGCCUGUGCGCAUGUAGCCCACUGCCUCUGCUGACUGGGACGAAUAGCCGUGCCUCUCAGCGCAGCGUGCAUUUCCGGGUCGAAACGGCUGCGCGCACAGCCGCCGGGGACGAUGAGGACGCAUCCAUCGAGGAAGCGGAAACGUGCGAGCUCGACUCUCUCUCCAACGACGAAGACGCAGGCGAGCUUGACACAACGCAACCGCCACGGUACACGGACGCUGAGAUGCCAUCCUCGGCGGCGGUGGCCGCCGCAGGUGCUGCCUCCGCUCCUGCCUCGUCCACCGCUGUGGUGGAGGAAGUGGGUUCCGCUCCCCCUCGACCUGGUCGACCUGCUCUGCCGCAUGGCGCCUCCUCCCGAUUCCUAUGGCAGGCAACCGCCGCUGCAAUGCCGUCGCCGUCCAGCCCAGUGUCGUCCCCUCCGUCUGAGGAUGACGAAGCCGCAGAUGCCUUAGAGGCGCCCAGCGUCACACCGCUACCCCGCGAAGCCGCGGGGAGGGGCCCUGCGCCCUUGCUUCCGAUGGUGAAUGCAGCGGCCGCCACCGCCUGCGAGGCGGAGCAGCCUAACAUGUGUGCCUCACCACACUCAGCCGUGCUGACAUCUCUCACGGAAGGUCAGCGCAGCACUACUGUCGUCACCGGCAACGGCGCGGGUACCUUGUCAGACGCCAAAUGGCAUGCACGGCGGUGGGCCGCAGCACAGGAGUGCCUUCCACCGCCCUCACCGGCGGAGCUGAAUAGCUCGGUGACGGGCGCUGGGGCAACGGCGGAGGGGGAUGCGUCGUCGCGGACUUCGAUCUCUGCUGGAUCAUUGCGCUGCCACCCCUCCUACGUGCUGGAGAUGGCGACAGACGUGACAGUGGACGGGGCGGCCUCGCCCAUGCCGGCGGCCGCUCUCAGCAGCGCUGCUCAUGGUGGCCGGUUGUCUGAGCAGGUGCCCAUACCAACGGCAGCAGUCUACUCUUUUACCUUGUGUAGGGCCACUGCUGAGCGAACGGUGCUGCACAGCGUGCCGGAGUUCCCGUGGAAGGCGUUCACGCAGUACCUGCACAUCAACCGCGUCGGGCGCAGCCUCUCGCAGCUGAAGGCGCUGUCAAACAUCGCGCGCGCGGAGCUGUGCAGAGGCGGUGCCUGGGACGCUGCGUAUGGCGCCUUGAGUCGUGCCAUUCACGUUCUCUUCCAAGCCGGCAGCUGUCGCAGUGUGGAGCACCUCACACACCUGGCCGAGACGCUGGUGCGGCGUGCGUCGCUCUGUCGCCACCGCGGCCACCUCUACGUUCUAGCCGCCUUCACCGACUUAUCGGUGGCAUGGAUGCUUUGUCCGGACCGCACCGCCUCCUCAGAUCUUGCUGAGCUGCGUGCUCGAAAGGAGCUGGCGCAGGAGUCGCCUGCAACGUGGCUGCAGCGGUGCAACGACGCAGCGCACGUCGCAACACCGGUGGCGCUGCUCGGCAUUAUCGCGCAGGUGCCGACGCUCUUCCCUCAGAAUCGAGCCCUGUGCCUCUGCAGCGCGCUAACCUUCUACAUUUAUGCCAAGCGGACGCUGCGACAUUCACUGACGCAUCUUCUGUGCCGCGCUGCUGAGUGUAUGACCCCUAGCACCGAGGAGGAGCUGCUCGUGACGGCGCUCCGCGAGGUGGCCGCCGCUCAGCUGAGCAAGGAGGUGGCGAGCGCCCAGAAGGCUUGCGCAACCGCCGACUACGCUUUCUCGCUGCUCCCCCUGCACAUGCGCAGCGCAGCCGAGACGCUGGCGGCUGCGUGGGUGCGGGACUGCUUCCCUCCUGACGGGCCAGCGUCCACCGCAACCAUUACGGGCUGGGCAGACGUGGCCCCCGAGUCUCUUGCGUACAUCCGCGCCACGCCGUUGGAGGCGCGCUGGCUGGCUUGGCUGGUCUGUGAGGUGCGGUGGUUUGCCUACGAAGAGCUGAUGGGUCCACUGCCGUACCAGACGGCACUGCUGAGCAUCGUGUUCGGCCCUACCACGAGCAGUCGCGCUGACGGGCUCGUGCGGCUGUCGAUGCAGUACGCGAACGCUGAUGUGCGCAGUGAGGACUUGCGGCCGGCCCUGCCGCACGGAACGAGCCGAGGCCACCUUGCCCAGAACCUUCUGGAGAGCGCUCUUCAGUUACGUCCGCUGCAUCCCACGGCCGCCCUGCUGCUUGCGCGCAUGCACGCGCGCGACGCGGAGGGCUUGGGCAGGGCGAAUGCGGUGCUGACCGACAGUAUUCACGCGUGGGCACAGCGCUUUAGCAUGCUGGCGUUGCGCGGCUCAGCAGAGGUGAAGCUCGGCGUUGCACCAGAGGACCAGCAGGCACCACCUGUGCGUGAGAGCACUACCGCGCUUGCGUAUCUGCACCGGCGCGAUCGUCGCCCGGAACUCUGCUUCAUCCCGUCGGAGCUGCUCGUGGAGCGCAGCCGGUGCCUGCAUACCAUCGCUGACAUAGCGGAGGCGACGGAGCAGCACCCGACCCUGUCCUACCCUUACCAGAUGCGUGCCGCCAUGGCCAUGGACCGCGGCUACCACCUUGGUGCCGUCAUGGAGCUGAACUGCAUCAUGAUGCUCACCAUGGACCCGAACGACAUCGCGCUGCGGGUGCGAUUCCUGCAAGACGCCAUCGCCAUGGCGUCCAGCUCGACCGAGGCGGACGCAUCAGCGACGGCGGCUGAGGGAAUAUCAGAUCUCGCUUCUGCAGGGAUCGCCGCGGCUUCCGGUGGCAACGGCAACAGCGAUGGGGACCUGGCGCUGCCGUCGCUCCAGCUCGUGCCGCUCUACUGUGCGUGGGCGGCGAAGAUGUCGGGCCUUCUCACCUUGCUGCGCCCUCCAAUGUCGACGAGCCCUGGCAGCCAGCAGCUACGCUCCCGAUUCCCAGGUCGAGAGUGGCUGCCAGCUCCGAGCGGCGCAGGAUCCUCCAUGUCGUCGGAGGGACACGUCUCGCGUAUCGCGAGCAUGGCGUUUAGCGACGGCGACGACGAAGCGACAUUGAUGGGCGCGGCGACUGAUGAAUUCGACGCCGGACAUGUGCGCGCCUUUCUCGAAGAUUUGCUUUCACCGACUGCUGCCCCUCUGGCUUUUACGGCUGUCAGCAGUGGCGCUCACACACCUGCGUACACUCGUUGA